GCGAUGACAGCGACGCGCUGGAUAUGUGCGCUUUUAACGCUACUCGCGUUGGUUUAUCACCCAACGCAAGGUCACCAUCCUUUGUGGACCAAGCUGGAUUCCGAGAGCACGAGGCAGUACGUGUCUAGGGUGAGGUCCCAGGGUCGACCCUUGGCACCCGACAUGCCUCAACUACUCCAGAGGACUGCCGGGGAAGCGGAGGACGAGUAUCGGAACAGAAUAGAUAUAGUCAAACAUCUCUACCCGUACCUUCCUUGGUACAUGACUUACUACAACCCAGUCCAGGGAGUCUACAAGUUCGAUCCUUCACCACCAGGGAACACUCCCUUGCACCACAAGUACUACAGAAGGUACCAACACAAACAAGGACAGUCUGAGGCUGACUGGUACACAGCGCUCCUCGAGCAGUACGAGGGGGAAACCACGCGGGACUACGAGUACAGGAUACACGUGCUGAAGCAGGUGUUCCCUCAGGCGGAUUGGGCUCACGUAGACUACAGUCCGAGUCAGGAACAGUACGCGUGGCGGCACGAGGAUGGGGAGGAUACGAGUCGUGAGGAUGAUGAGGAAGAGGAACAAUGGAGAGUUCGUCGCGGGGAGAGCAUUAUCGACAUGUAUGCAAGAGUAAUGAAGAAGAAACAAGGAGAGAGUUUUGUAGACUAUUUCAACCGUAUCCUCUCUAGAGCACCCUUCGACAGCGACUUAACAUAUCUCGUACGACUCAAGGUACUCAAGAGUCGCCAUCCUGAGUACCCCUGGAACUAUCUAGAGUACGACGAGGCGAAGAGGCAGUGGGAACUCAAAGUACCUGAACAUUACAUCUACUCUGGUCGACUGGAAGGAGAGGAUGAGGAUACUUACCUGCUACGAGCCUACCGUAGGAUGGAAGGAGAGAGUGAGGAAGCUUACUGGAUCAGACUAUUGGCUAGGAGAGAACAUGAGACUGAAGAAGAGUAUCAGAGAAGGAUCAUGAAGUUGAGGUCUCUGUUCUCACAACUGGACUGGGCUCAUGUCAUGUGGAGCAACUCCUCCGGAAUCAUGGUGUACAAGGGCAAGAGUGUCUCUCAGUGGUGGAUAAAGCGAACAGAAGAGAGUUGGGAGGAAUACUGGUACAGACUGUACCCUGUUGUGGAAGGGGAGUCUAGCGAGCAAUACCUGAUCAAGCUGUUGAGAAGAUUCGAGGGAGAAUCUGAUGAAUCUUAUCUCCAGAGGAUCACAAUGAUAAGGAAAAUCUACAUUUACGCUCCAUGGGACCACAUAACUUACGACGAAUCGUCCAGUAGUUACACAUUUGACCGCAGAGUCACCGUCAGUCGGUGCAUCAGAAAUAUCGUCAUCAACAGAAGAGAAUGGUACAUAUGGUGGUUGAGAAGGUCCGGAGAGUCAGAAGAGGAAUAUUACAGACGAAUCUACUCCAAGGCCUCCACAGAAACAAACUACGAAUAUUUCACCAGGAUCUUGAGGCGAUUCACCGGAGAGUCUGAUGAAGACUACAAGAAGAGAGUGCUGAAACUCAGGACAGUGUUCGUUAACGCUCCUUGGAGUAGCGUCGAGUUCGACGAGAACCAAAAGGAGUUCGUAUGCAGCAAGUCAGCUGUGACUGAUGACAUCAGGGAAAUUUCUGUCAGCGGGAAAAAGAUCAAGGUGACUGACUACUGGGAGAGAAGAUCUGACGAGACGGAGGAGGCUUACUACAGGCGACUCUACUCUAAGGAACAAGGAGAGUCGGACUCCGACUAUGUGAGGAGAGUUAUCGCUCGCCAGGGAGGAGAAACGGAUGCUGAAUAUCUCACGAGAAUCACCAAACUGAGGAUUGUGUUCAGGCAGUUCCCGUGGGAUCAGGUGGAACUGGAGGAAACAGGAGAGUACAGACUGAAAACAGGAACUACUGUCAGUAGGGACGUGUCUACUGCAACUGUCGACGGCAAACAGGAGGAUUUAAGCACUAAAUCUGAAACAAAGGAAAAAAGCAGUUCGACAGAAUCAAAAACCAACACCGAGUCUUCUGCUUCUGGUGAAUCUGAGACACCAACAACUGAGGAAGUGAACCAAGAAGAUACAACUCAAGAGACUGAAACAACUUCUCGAGUUGAAAAAGUUGAAUCAUCUUCAUCCUCAAACACUGAAGAGACUCAGGAAAUAGUACAGUCUGAAUCAGUGAUCACUGACACGGAAAUUACUAAAGGAGUUGAAGAGGUAGUUAAAGAGGAAUCUUCAGAGGCACAGACAUCUUCAAAUGAUAUUGAAGAAAUUUCUUCCUCCACUGUUGUCGAAGAAAAAUCUUCGUCUACUGUAGAAGAAGAGUCUUCUUCAUCCGUUGUAAAAGAAAAAUCUACUUUAAGUACUGUUGAAGAAAUAUCUUCAAACGCUGUAGAACAAGCAUCUUCGUCGAGAAGCGUGGAAGAAACGUCUUCUAAUGUUGUGGAAGAGAAAGCAUCGACUGUUGAGGAAAAAUCUUCAAACGUUGUAGAAGAGAAAGCUUCGACUGUUGAAGAAAAAUCUUCAAACGUUGUGGAAGAGAAAGCUUCGAAUGUUGAAGAAAAAUCUUCAAACGUUGUGGAAGAGAAAGCUUCGACUGUUGAAGAAAAAUCUUCAAACGUUGUGGAAGAGAAAGCUUCGACUGUUGAAGAAAAAUCUUCAAACGUGGUGGAAGAGAAAACUUCGACUGUUAAAGAAAAAUCUUCAAAUGUCGUAGAAAAAGCAUCCUCUUCGAACAAUGUGGAAAAUGUUAAAGAAACUGUAGUUUCCACCAAUGAGAAAAUUCAAAAUACCCCAACGGUUGCAGAAACAAUUACAGUGACUGAGGCACCAACUUAUGAGAGUAAAAAGGAAUCUGCAGAAGAAAAUACUUCUUCAUCAAGUGUUGUUGAAGAGACCCAGGAAACCUUGGUAUCCAGAGACGUCAGCACCGAACAAGCCACUGCCGCUGAAACUACCACUACUGUAGCACCAGCUGUUGAAAUUAAAGAGCAAUCUUCAGAUGUAAAGUCGUCUUCAAAUGUUGUUGAAGAGAAGAAAGAGACUAUAGUCUCUAGAGACACAAAUGCAGAAAAUCUGAAUGUCACAACUACAACGGAGGCGCCAGCUGUUGAAGUUAAAAACGAAUCAACGGAAGAAAAAACAUCAUCAUCUAGAACUGUUGAAGAAACUAAGGAAACUCUGGUAUCUAAAGAAACUAACACUGAAAAGAUUGAGGCAGUCACUGAUACAACUACCACAACAGAGGCCCCAGCUAUAGUAAGCGAAGUAAUUGAGAAAACCUCUUCUGAAAAAAAGGAAUCACAGUCUUCUUCGAGCCACCAAUCGGAAGAAACUAAAAUAAAGCAGGAAGUUUCUCAGCCCUCAAAAACUCUCAAGGAGAAGGAGCAGGAAGAAGAUGUUGUCAUUCACAUGAAGGAGUCAGUGGUGUCAGCCAACAAACCAUCGAGGAUAAAGAAACCACUUCCAAAAAUUAAGCCAAUGAAAGAAGAUACAGUCACAAAGGAAACUUCAUCUGAGACAACCUCCCAAUCAUCUUCGUCUGUUGAGAACACUGAGGAAAGUACAAAAAAGAAGGAGACUGCGUCGUCUGAAACGACAUUAGUGGAAAAACCAACAACAAUCGAGGAAGUUAAAGAAACUGCGACGUCCAAAACAGAAACUAAACUGGAGUCAGAUUCUCAGACUAAGGAGACUAAAGAAGUAACAGUUGGUGAGACCCCCAUAACAACGACAGUAGCACCAAUCACUGAGGUCAAAACGGAAUCGUCAACAACAGACUCACAGUCAUCUUCAACUACAACGGAGUCUAAGGGAGAAAAGACAACUUCGUCUUCAGAUACCAAAGAGGAAACAGCCGCAAUUCUAAAGAAAUCGACAGAAGAAUCUAUCCCAGAAUCUACAACCACCACUACCACAGCACCAGUCGCAUAUGCUCAUCAUGCUUUAAUAGAAACUGUCACCCAAACAUCCAACUCAGCAGAAAAAUCUAAGGAGACCAUUGUACUACCGGAUACCACCACAACUCCAGCACCGGAAAAAAAAUCGACAGAAGAAUCUAUCCCAGAAUCUACCACCACCACUACCACAACACCGGUCUCAUAUGCUCAUCAUGCUUUAAUAGAAACUGUCACCCAAACAUCCAACUCAGCAGAAAAAUCUAAGGAGACCAUUGUACUACCGGAUACCACCACAACUCCAGCACCGGAAAAAGAAUCCACACCAGAAUCCACUCUAGAGACUGCCUCCACUACCACUGCGGCACCUGUUACAAAUGUUCGAUCAGAGUCUUCAUCAGAAACUGUCGCUCAAACUUCAACUUCCACCGAAAAAACUAAGGAGACUGUUGUACAAGUAUCACCGGAAAACACCACUGGUCCAGUGCCUGACAAUGUUGUGAAAACGGAUUCUUCAAAAACGGCCUCGGAAUCAUCCUCGACCACAGAAAAGUCAGAGGAAACAACAAAAAAGAAUGAAAUUCCUGUUUCUGUCACAACAACCACUUCAAAACCUGAAACCGUUGAGGAGAAGACAACAUCAACAGACACAAAAUCAGCCACAGAAAUAAAGACAUCAGUAGAAGAAUCCAUUCCAGAGACUACCAUUACUACUACUGCUUCGCCCGUUACAACUGUUCAAUCAGAGUCUUCAACAGAAUCUGUAGCUCAAACUACAUCUUCCACCGAAGACAGCAAGGAGUCCGUUGUUGAAGUAGUCCUGGAAGCUACCACUUCUUCCAUACCAGAAAAUGCUGCCAGGUCCGUUGAAACUGUGGUCGCUCCGGGUCCCGAGACUCCAUCCACGACUGAAAGUGAAGUGAAGAAGGAAAAGAAGAACAAAUUUACGUUGAAAGCAACAUCGGUGUCAAAGACUGAAAAAACUACAGAAAAAGAAGCUGAAAGUCCAACAACUACUACAACAGCAAAGCCGGACACUACUGUUGAAUCAAAACCAUCGACUGAGGUCUCCACAUCUUCAUCUACGACUGAAGUGCAAAAGGAAGCAGAUGUUAACGUAGUGCCUGCGUCAACGACUACAACUUUCAAACCAGAAACUGUUGUUGAAUCAAAAUCAUCGACCGAAACUGCAUCAAAGUCCUCAUCCACUGAAUUGUCCUCUUCUACUGAAGAGAAAAAGGAAACAGUUGUAAAAGUAGUGCCUGCUCCCACGACUACAGCUGCUAAACCAGAAACUGUUGUUGAAUCAAAACCAUCGACUGAUACUGAAACUUCUACUACUGAAUUAAAGAAGGAAACGGAUGUAAGAGUAGUAUCUGAGUCGACGACUACAACUGCCAAACCAGAAACCGAGAGUAAAACAACCGAAGAAAAAAAGAACAAAGUAAUGUUGAAAGCUACUUAUCAGUCAUCAACAUCUGAAAAAUCUACAGAAAAGGCCGCAGAUAGUCCAACAACCACCACAACAUCCACGCCAGAGACUAUUGUCGAAUCAAAGUCAUCGACUGAGGAUACGUCCAAAUCUUCUUCUACUACUGAGGUGAAAGAGGAUACUGAGGUUAAAGUAGUGCCUGCGUCCACAACUACAUCUUCCAAACCGGAAUCCGUUGUGGAAGUGGAAUCAUCCUCCAAGACAAAAUCCCAGUCCUCAUCUUCUACUUAUGAAAAAACUGAGGAAAGAACAGAAAAGACGACGGGAAAGGAAUCUACAGCUCCAGUUACACCUAGUACAACUGCUUCUCCUGGAUCGCCUGCAAAGCCGAAAGAAGUAUUUUGUGAAAAGAUGUAUGAUAGGCAAGAUUUUGAAACUGAUGAAGAGUACUAUAAACGUAUCCUCCACAGAUACGAGUUGGAAGACAUAAACCAUUAUGUAGAGAGGAUAGAAAAAGUUGAAAAACUCAAACCGAACCUUCCAAUCUGGAAUAACAAAGGAGCUCUUGUUUAUACCAAACAAUAUUACGAUCAAAAACUCAAACCUAAACCAAGCGAAACUAAAGAAGAAUACGAGUUAAGAGUGUUAUCCAAGCCAAAGAACUACAACGACGAAGAAUAUAACAAAAUGAAAGCGUUUGUGAGUGAAUAUUUUAAUUCUGAAACUGCGUGUGAAAAAACAUCGAAUUUUGAAUCUGAAAACAAGGAAUCGCGGUCCUUGGAAGAAGAUGAAAACGUAAUCGUUAUAAAAGAGUCCGCGAAAGAGGAUUUAAGUAGUACAACUACAGAAAAGCCGGUCGAAGAAGUAACAACUACACCAGCCCCUACUACAACUACACCAGCCCCUACUACAACUACCACGACAACUGUCCAACCAGUAGAUGAGACUGUAGUACAGGAGACAAAAACAGAGACAAAAACAGAGACAAAAUCAAUAGUAGAGGUAGAAGAACAUCAUGAGAUAACACAGGUCGAAGAAGUAACAACUACAACAGCCCCAGCUACAACUACGCCAGCACCCACUACAACUACCACGACAACUGUUCAACCAGUAGUUGAGACUGUAGUACAGGAGACGAAAACAGAGACAAAAUCAAUAGUAGAGGUAGAAGAACAUCAUGAGAUAAAACAGGUCGAAGAAGUAACAACUACACCAGCCCCAGCUACAACUACACCCGCCCCAGCUACAACUACACCAGCCCCAGCUACAACUACACCAGCCCCAGCUACAACUACCACGACAACUGUUCAACCAGUAGUUGAGGCUGUCGUAGAGGAGACUAAAACAGAGACAAAAUCAGUAGUAGAGAAAGAAGAACAUCAUGAGAUAACACAGGUCGAAGAAGUAAAAACUACACCAGCCCCAGCUACGACUACACCAGCACCUACUACAACUACCACGACAACUGUUCAACCAAUUGAGGAAGUAGUAGUGCAAGAGACUAAAACAGAAGCAACAACUGUACAAGAAGAUAUAUACAUGGAGGAGAAGGAAAAUGUCAUUGUUAUGAAAGAAUCCAUAAAAUCAAGUAUUGUUACCAGUACUACAGAAAAGCCGGUCGAAGAAGUGACGACAACUACCAAAACAACUGUUCAACCAGUAGUUGAGACGGUAGUUCAGGAGACAAAAACAGAGACAAAAUCAGUAGUAGAGGUUGAAGAACAUCAUGAGAUAACACAGGUCGAAGAAGUAAAAACUACACCAGCCCCAGCUACAACUACACCAGCCCCAGCUACAACUACGCCAGCCCCAGCUACAACUACCACGUCAACUGUUCAACCAGUAGUUGAGACUGUAGUAAAGGAGACUAAAACAGAGACAAAAUCAGUAGUAGAGGAAGAAGAACAUCAUGAGAUAAAACAUGUCGAAGAAGUGGCAACUACACCAGCCCUUACUACAACUACACCAGCACCUACAACCACUACACCAGCACCUACAACAACUACACCAGCCCCUACAACAACUACACCAGCACCUACUACAACUGUUCAACCAGUAAUUGAAACUGUAGUACAGGAGACUAAAACAGAGACAAAAUCAGUAGUAGAGGAAGAAGAACACCAUGAGAUAAAACAUGUCGAAGAGGUGGCAAUUACACCAGCCCCAGCUACAACUACAACAGCACCUACUACAACUACAACGACAACUGUUCAACCAAUUGAGGAGAUAGUAGUGCAUGAGACUAAAACAGAAGCAACGACUGUGCAAGAAGAUAAAUAUAUCGAAGAGGAGGAGGAAAAUGUCAUUGUUAUGAAAGAAUCCAUAAGGUCCAGUAUUGUUACCACUACUACAGAAAAGCCGGUCGAAGAAGUGUCGACAACGCCUGCACCUGCAACAACUACGAAAGCACCUACUACAACUGAUCAACCAGUAGUUGAGACUGUAGUACAGGAGACAAAAACAGAGAUAAAAUCAGUAGUAGAGGAAGAAAAACAUCAUGAGGUAACAAAGGUCGAAGAAGUAACAAUUACACCAGCCCCAGCUACAACAACGCCAGCACCUACUACAACUACGACAACUGUUCAACCAGUACUUGAGACUGUAGUUCAGGAGACAAAAACAGAGACAAAAUCAGUAGUAGAGGUUGAAGAACAUCAUGAGAUAACACAGGUCGAAGAAGUAAAAACUACACCAGCCCCAGCUACAACUACACCAGCCCCAGCUACAACUACGCCAGCCCCAGCUACAACUACCACGACAACUGUUCAACCAGUAGUUGAGACUGUAGUACAGGAGACAAAAACAGAGACAAAAUCAUUAGUAGAGAAACAAGAAUAUCAUGAUAUAAAACAGGUCGAAGAAGUGGCAACUACACCAGCCCUUACUACAACUACACCAGCACCUACAACCACUACACCAGCACCUACAACAACUACACCAGCCCCUACAACAACUACACCAGCACCUACUACAACUGUUCAACCAGUAAUUGAAACUGUAGUACAGGAGACUAAAACAGAGACAAAAUCAGUAGUAGAGGAAGAAGAACACCAUGAGAUAAAACAUGUCGAAGAGGUGGCAAUUACACCAGCCCCAGCUACAACUACAACAGCACCUACUACAACUACAACGACAACUGUUCAACCAAUUGAGGAGAUAGUAGUGCAUGAGACUAAAACAGAAGCAACGACUGUGCAAGAAGAUAAAUAUAUCGAAGAGGAGGAGGAAAAUGUCAUUGUUAUGAAAGAAUCCAUAAGGUCCAGUAUUGUUACCACUACUACAGAAAAGCCGGUCGAAGAAGUGUCGACAACGCCUGCACCUGCAACAACUACGAAAGCACCUACUACAACUGAUCAACCAGUAGUUGAGACUGUAGUACAGGAGACAAAAACAGAGAUAAAAUCAGUAGUAGAGGAAGAAAAACAUCAUGAGGUAACAAAGGUCGAAGAAGUAACAAUUACACCAGCCCCAGCUACAACAACGCCAGCACCUACUACAACUACGACAACUGUUCAACCAGUACUUGAGACUGUAGUUCAGGAGACAAAAACAGAGACAAAAUCAGUAGUAGAGGUUGAAGAACAUCAUGAGAUAACACAGGUCGAAGAAGUAAAAACUACACCAGCCCCAGCUACAACUACACCAGCCCCAGCUACAACUACGCCAGCCCCAGCUACAACUACCACGACAACUGUUCAACCAGUAGUUGAGACUGUAGUACAGGAGACAAAAACAGAGACAAAAUCAUUAGUAGAGAAACAAGAAUAUCAUGAUAUAAAACAGGUCGAAGAAGUGGCAACUACACCAGCCCCUACUACAACUACACCAGCCCCUACUACAACUACACCAGCACCUACAACAACUACACCAGCACCUACAACAACUACACCAGCACCUACAACAACUACACCAGCCCCUACAACAACUACACCAGCACCUACUACAACUGUUCAACCAGUAGUUGAGACUGUAGUACAGGAGACUAAAACGGAGACAAAAUCAGUAGUAGAGGUUGAAGAACAUCAUGAGAUAACACAGGUCGAAGAAGUAAAAACUACAUCAGCCCCAGCUACAACUACACCAGCCCCAGCUACAACUACGCCAGCCCCAGCUACAACUACGCCAGCCCCAGCUACAACUACCACGACAACUGUUCAACCAGUAGUUGAGACUGUAGUACAGGAGACAAAAACAGAGACAAAAUCAUUAGUAGGGGAACAAGAAUAUCAUGAGAUAAAACAGGUCGAAGAAGUGGCAACUACACCAGCCCCUACUACAACUACACCAGCACCUACUACGACUGUUCAACCAGUAAUUGAAACUGUAGUACAGGAGACUAAAACAGAGACAAAGUCAGUAGUAGAGGAAGAAGAACACCAUGAGAUAAAACAUGUCGAAGAGGUGGCAAUUACACCAGCCCCAGCUACAACUACAACAGCACCUACUACAACUACAUCGACAACUGUUCAACCAAUUGAAGAGAUAGUAGUGCAAGAGACUAGAACAGAAGCAACAACUGUGCAAGAAGAUAAAUACAUCGAAGAGGAGGAGGAAAAUGUCAUUGUUAUGAAAGAAUCCAUAAGGUCCAGUAUUGUUACCACUACUACAGAAAAGCCGGUCGAAGAAGUGACGACAACGCCUGCACCUGCAACAACUACGCAAGCACCUACUACAACUGAUCAACCAGUAGUUGAGACUGUAGUACAGGAGACAAAAACAGAGACAAAAUCAGUAGUAGAGGAAGAAAAACAUCAUGAGGUAACAAAGGUCGAAGAAGUAACAAUUACACCAGCCCCAGCUACAACUACGCAAGCUCCUACGACAACUACCACGACAACUGUUCAACCAGUAGUUGAGACUGUAGUUCAGGAGACAAAAACAGAGACAAAAUCAGUAGUAGAGGUUGAAGAACAUCAUGAGAUAACACAGGUCGAAGAAGUUAAAACUACACCAGCCCCGGCUACAACUACACCAGCCCCAGCUACAACUACACCAGCCCCAGCUACAACUACACCAGCCCCAGCUACAACUACGCCAGCCCCAGCUACAACUACCACGACAACUGUUCAACCAGUAGUUGAGACUGUAGUACAGGAGACUAAAACAGAGACAAAAUCAGUAUUAGAGGAAGAAGAACAUCAUGAGAUAACACAGGUCGAAGAAGUGGCAACUACACCAGCAUCUACAACAACUACUCCAGCCCCUACAACAACUACACCAGCACCUACUACAACUGUUCAACCAGUGGUUGAGACUGUAGUACAGGAGACAAAAACAGAGACAAAAUCAUUAGUAGAGGAAAAAGAAUAUCAUGAGAUAAAACAGGUCGAAGAAGUGGCAACUACACAAGCCCCUACUACAACUACACCAGCACCUACAACAACUACACCAGCACCUACAACAACUACACCAGCACCUACAACAACUACACCAGCCCCUACAACAACUACACCAGCACCUACUACAACUGUUCAACCAGUAGUUGAGACUGUAGUACAGGAGACUAAAACAGAGACAAAAUCAGUAGUAGAGGUUGAAGAACAUCAUGAGGUAACACAGGUCGAAGAAGUAACAACUACACCAGCCCCAGCUUCAACUACGCCAGCCCCAGCUACAACUACGCCAGCCCCAAGUACAACUACGCCAGCCCCAGCUACAACUACCACGACAACUGUUCAACCAGUAGUUGAGACUGUAGUACAGGAGACUAAAACAGAGACAAAAUCAGUAGUAGAGGAAGAAGAACAUCAUGAGAUAACACAGGUCGAAGAAGUUAAAACUACACCAGCCCCGGCUACAACUACACCAGCCCCAGCUACAACUACACCAGCCCCAGCUACAACUACACCAGCCCCAGCUACAACUACGCCAGCCCCAGCUACAACUACCACGACAACUGUUCAACCAGUAGUUGAGACUGUAGUACAGGAGACUAAAACAGAGACAAAAUCAGUAUUAGAGGAAGAAGAACAUCAUGAGAUAACACAGGUCGAAGAAGUGGCAACUACACCAGCAUCUACAACAACUUCUCCAGCCCCUACAACAACUACACCAGCACCUACUACAACUGUUCACCCAGUGGUUGAGACUGUAGUACAGGAGACAAAAACAGAGACAAAAUCAUUAGUAGAGGAACAAGAAUAUCAUGAGAUAAAACAGGUCGAAGAAGUGGCAACUACACCAGCCCCUACUACAACUACACCAGCACCUACAACAACUACACCAGCACCUACAACAACUACACCAGCCCCUACAACAACUACACCAGCACCUACUACAACUGUUCAACCAGUAAUUGAAACUGUAGUACAGGAGACUAAAACAGAGACAAAAUCAGUAGCAGGGGAAGAAGAACACCAUGAGAUAAAACAUGUCGAAGACGUGGCAAUUACACCAGCCCCAGCUACAACUACAACAGCACCUACUACAACUACAACGACAACUGUUCAACCAAUUGAAGAGAUAGUAGUGCAAGAGACUAAAACAGAAGCAACAACUGUGCAAGAAGAUAAAUACAUCGAAGAGGAGGAGGAAAAUGUCAUUGUUAUGAAAGAAUCCAUAAGGUCCAGUAUUGUUACCACUACUACAGAAAAGCCGGUCGAAGAAGUGACGACAACGCCUGCACCUGUAACAACUACGCAAGCACCUACUACAACUGAUCAACCAGUAGUUGAGACUGUAGUACAGGAGACAAAAACAGAGACAAAAUCAGUAGUAGAGGAAGAAAAACAUCAUGAGGUAACAAAGGUCGAAGAAGUAACAAUUACACCAGCCCCAGCUACAACUACGCAAGCUCCUACGACAACUACCACGACAACUGUUCAACCAGUAGUUGAGACUGUAGUACAGGAGACUAAAACAGAGACAAAAUCAGUAGUAGAGGAAGAAGAACAUCAUGAGAUAACACAAGUCGAAGAAGUAAAAACUACACCAGCCCCAGCUACAACUACGCCAGCCCCAGCUACAACUACGCCAGCCCCAGCCCCAGCUACAACUACCACGACAACUGUUCAACCAGUAGUUGAGACUGUAGUACAGGAGACUAAAACAGAGACAAAAUCAGUAUUAGAGGAAGAAGAACAUCAUGAGAUAAAACAGGUCGAAGAAGUAACUACAACUGCGACUCCUGAAGAUGAAAUGGAAGUUGAGGUAGUUGCAAUCGUAGCGUCUGAAAAGGAGUCGAAGAUAUUUGAAGAGGAAGAAUAUGUAGAAACGAAGGAACAAAAUGAGGGAUCUCUCCUAACAACCACCACUAUUCCAACGGUUAUCGUAGGCGAAAAAACAGUUAAAGAAGGAAAACGCGGCUUAGAAGAAUUUGAAAAGGAGGAAGAAAUAGUAAAGAAAGAAUCGGUCACAACAACAACGGCUCAACCUGAAAUAAUUAAAACAAUUAACAGUAAACAGGAAAGCCGGUCCGAAACAAAGUCAAAACAUGAAGAAGAAUCUACUGAAACCACGCAAACCGGUAAUACUCCUAAAGAUAUAACACCAACCAAGACACCAGUUGAGGACGAAGAGGUGAGGCAACCUGGAGAAACCCUCGAAGAGUUUUACAAAAGAGUCUAUACAAAGAAACCAGGAGAAACCGAUGAAGACUACAAACAGCGAGUGUAUAAGAAAAGAACUGGGGAAACCGACGAAGAAUACCUUACUAGAAUCAAAGUACUAAAGAAAAUAUUUAUUUCAAGUAGUGUUUGGACACAGGAAACAACUCUUACAGUGACAAAACUGUAUUACCAGCUACAGUACAAACAACAGCCGAAUGAAGAUAAAGAAUCAUACUAUGAUAGAAUAACCAAACAACUUCCAGGUGAAACUGAUAAAGACUACGUAAAAAGGAUGGAUUUGAUAAAACAAGCAUUUUCCGGUCUACCCUUAUGGUAUGAAGAACAGUAUUUGAAAUAUACGAAGAAGUAUUACACCUCGAAAUUCACAAAGCAGGUUUCUGAGACUGAGACCGAGUACUACGCGAGACUUUUGAAGCAAGACGCAGAGGAAUCUAAAGAAAAUUAUGUGAAAAGAAUUACUAUUUUGUCUAAACUGUUCCCUAAAUUAGAGUUGUGGCAGAAUCCGGAACAGUUAAAGUUCACACGGGCUUAUUACGAGGACAUAAACAAACGAAAAUUAGGUGAAACCGUAGAUAAAUGGUACAACAGAAUCAUGUUCCAAGGGUUUGACGAAUCUCCAGAACAGUACGUCAAAAGAAUAUCACUAAUUCAAGCUCUUUUCCCGGAAUUAGAUCUUUGGACUAAUCCUAAAUACUUGAUAUACACGGCUAAAUAUUACCAACUGCUGUUUAAGAGAUUGCCUGGAGAGAGUGAUACGGACUACUACACGAGGCUUUUCAAACGCAAGCCAGGUGAAUCAGACGAUGACUUUAUCAGGAGAAUCAAACUUAUUCAGAUUCUUAAGAAACGUGACUUAGGGUUCCUAUUCAACAACGUCGACUACCUGACGUACACUAAAGAUUAUUACACCACUUUGUUGGGACAAAAACCUAAAGAAUCAUACCAAAAAUACUUGACUAGAGUAUUUAAACAAGAUCGAAAAGAGGGUAAUGUCGAAUUUGUUAAUAAAUUGAAAGUGCUGAAUAAACUUUAUCCAGAUCUACCAGUUUGGAAUAAUCCGAAGGAAGUGAGAUACACAAGACGUUACUACAUGGAUGUCUACAAACGCAAUAAGGGUGAGAGUGAUGACGAUUACUACAGAAGACUAAUGUUCCAACCAUUGACAGAAAGUGACGAAGAUUACGUAAAGCGGAUACAGGUAGUCCAAGCAGUAUAUCCCAAGCUAGAUCUGUGGACCAGUACUCGCUAUUUGAUGUACACAGCAAAAUACUUUACGUUCCUUAACCAAAAGAAGGAUGGCGAGGACGAAAAAGCAUUCCAUUCAAGAUUGUUUAAGAAAGAACGAGGAGAAAACAACGAUGACUACACAAAGAAGAUAGAUAUCCUUCACAAAGUAUUCUACGCAGACAUUGACAGUUUCUUCGACAAUCCCGAGUAUUUGAACUACACCAAAGAUUACUACACGAUCAAAUACGGACAAAAACCUGGCGAGAGCCUUGAUGAAUACGUCAAGAGAACAUUUACACAAGACGGAGAAGAAAGUGACUUUGAGUAUGUAAAUAGAGUAAAGGUUGUGAAAGCAUUGUUUCCCGACUUAGAGAUCUGGAAUGACAAAGACAAGCUUGACGCGACUAGACACUUUUAUGAAAUCUUCUACGAACAACAACCAGAGGAGUCUGAGGACCAGCACUAUAAGAAAAUAUUUGCAAAGGGAAAAGAAACCGACGAUAUGUACAAAGAUAGAAUAGACAUGUACAACACAGUAUACCCUAACAUUCCCAUCUGGGAUAAUCCAGAUUACCUAGUCUACACAAAGAAAUACUACGAAACGGUUUAUAAAAGACAAGCGAAACAAAGUAAUGAUGAAUAUUACAAACAAAUAUUCGACAGGAAACCAGAUGAAUCUGACGAAAAGUACUUGAACAGAAUCACGAACUUCUAUUUAGUAGAUCAAGACAAUCCGGUCUGGCACGAUACAAAGUAUCUAAAGUUCACUAAGCCCUACUUCACCCUACUUUUCGCACAGAAACCUGAUGAAUCAGUGACUGCGUGGGCGAACAGAUUGAUGAAGCAGUAUCCGGAAGAGAGCGACCAAGACUACAAGGACAGAAUGGCUAUAAUACAACAAGUCGUCAGUAAAGAGGUUUGGGACAAGAUUCAAGCGAUAUUGAAAUCUGAAAAUGGAAAAGCUGUCGGCGAUACUGGAGUCACGUAUAUCGACGAUGAGGUAAAAUCUGAAGAGGACAAAAAUGAGCUGGUUAAGAAAGUCCUGACAAAGCGCGUCUACGAGAGUUACCCAGAGUACAUGGCUCGUAUCCUGGAGCCGGACUCCAACGAGGCUUCAGACCAUCGCAAGGAGAGACUCGACUGGAUAAAGAAGAACCUCCCGACAGUGGCGCAGAGCGACUACUUCAACAAGUUCGUCGAGAGCAAGGACUACGCCAAGAAGGAGUUCCCUAUCCUGGACAGUGAACGACACAAUGCUGUGCACGACCUGGCGUCCAAGGGCAAACCUCUACAGGAGGCACCCGUGAUAAGCAAAAGAUCCAGAGUCAUUCUAACAUCCCAGGCUCCUUGGGAAACCAAGAGGCAAUAUCUUGAAAAGGUCUACAAGAAGAAGGAGAACGAAGAAGAUGACGACUACUACAAACGUGUCUUCGCCAGGAAGCCGCACGAGACGGACAGUGACUAUGUGAAGAGGCUGGUGACGCUUCACAAGGUCUACCCGGACCUGGACGUGUGGCAGGAUGAGAAGUACAUGGACUACGUAGACCCGACACUGAGUCAGGGUCAGAUACAGGAGGCCCAGAAGAACCACGCUAACGACGACAAUGCUCUCGCUGGAGAAAAUGAAUCUUAAUCUCAAGACUUAGAAGAUAACAAACAAAGCUACAUUAUGUAAUUAUUUGUGUAUUAUAGAUAGGUUUUAUUUGGUGUUGGUAAAAUUUAUUAAAGCAGUAUGUUAAUUUUUGAAA